AUGAGCAAAGAAAGCUCUAUUUCGGUGGCAGUGAGGGUACGGCCGUUUACAACCGAUGAAGAAAGAAAUCUAGUUGUCCAAGUCCAGGAUCAGCUCUUUCAAGGCGAUGGAUCAUUAAAUGAUGGGAAUGGGAACACAACUGGGAUAAAAUACCACAUGCCCAAUGGAAUACGUAAAGUAGUUUCAGUCGUUGACGAUAAAAUGUUGAUAUUUGACCCUCCAGAGACCAACCCACUAAAUAAAAUGAGGGAGAGAGCAUUCCCCAAUGGAAGUGGAAGCAUCAGCUCGAAUAAUGGUAACACUGGCAGCCCCAACGGGAGGGUAAGAGAACAUCGAUUUGUGUUCGACCAGCUUUUCGAUACUGAAACAGAUCAAUACCAUGUAUACGAGAAAACAACUAAACCUUUGCUUGAUUCUAUAUUAGAAGGCUACAACUCAACGGUUUUUGCAUAUGGUGCAACUGGUUGCGGAAAAACACAUACCAUUGCCGGUUCACCAGAUCAGCCAGGUAUAAUCAUGUUAACGAUGAAGGAACUAUUCUCUAGAAUUGAUGAAAUAUCGGAGACCAAACAAAUUGACGUAAACUUGCUGUACUUGGAAAUUUACAAUGAAACAAUAAGAGAUUUACUUUCCCCUGAGACUUCAUUCAAGAAAUUGUUAAUUCGAGAAGAUUCCGCUUCCAAAAUAUCUAUUUCGAAUCUCUCUACUCAUAAGCCAACGUCAGUAGAACAUGUGAUGGAAUUAAUAAUGUUUGGAAAUCAAAAUAGAACCUGUUCUCCCACAGAAGCGAACGCAACCCUGUCCAGACUGCAUGCUGUUCUACAAAUCAAUGUUCUUCAAAAGCUGCAGAGGAUGAUAGACUUACAGGAAAGUCAAACAUUUGCAACAUUAUCAAUUAUUGAUUUAGCAGGAAGCGAAAGAGCGGCUGCUACAAAGAAUAGAGGCGUAAGACUUCAUGAGGGAGCCAACAUAAAUAGACUGUUGCUUGCCUUGGGGAAUUGUAUCAAUGCUUUAUGUGAUCCAAGAAGGCACAACCACAUCCCAUAUAGAGAUUCAAAAUUAACCAGAUUGUUGAAGUUCUCCUUAGGCGGGAAUUGUAAAACAGUCAUGAUUGUAUGCAUAUCGCCAUCACUGCAUCAUUAUGAUGAAACCUUGAAUACUUUGAAAUAUGCCAAUAGAGCCAAAGAAAUCAAAACUAAACUAAUCAGAAAUCAACAUAACCUAGAUAGGCAUGUGGGAUCAUACCUUAAAAUGAUUACCGAACAGAGGGAAGAAAUAGAAAUUAUGAGGGCAAGAGAAAAGACCCUAAAGGAGAGCAUCCAAAAGAAAGAAAGAGAAGUGUGCGCCAACUGCAUGAAGCUAACUUUGGAAUACAUAGAUAGCUUGAAUAAAUCAUUAAGUUCACAUACUGCUGAUAAGUGGAAGAAAUAUCAUUUAUUGGCGAAAAGAAAGAUUUUACUACUUCAAAAAGUUGAAGCUGAUCGCUUGUUGAAGAGGGAAACUAGAGAAAAAUUCGAAGACGAAGGAUAUGAUGAAGUAGAAACAGAGAGAAACGAAGCACACUUUUUACUAACUCAGGUUAUCAACAAAUGUUCUAUGCAAAUUACAGAAUUAGAGAAUCAGUACUCCACACCAAAUGAUAACUUGGACCUUAUCUUUAACGAACUGGUUGCGCAUUCUCUCAAGCGAUUGCAGGAAGUGGAAAGCUGGUGUGAUUAUAAUACGUUAAUAUUCCAGCAAUUGGUAACAUCUAUCAGAGACACUUUGGAGAAGGAUAUAUUGUUUAAUUCUUCAGUAUUAUUUGAUUAUUUGGUUCAUAAUCUUCCAAUGAUAAUAGAAGAUGGGUACCGACGGGAAAAAUUAGAAAGUUUACUUAAUGGAGAGUUUGAUUCGCUAAUCGAAGAGCACACUUCCAAUUUCAUGAGACAAAAAUUGAAUAUAAGAAUAGCAGAAUCUCGCCCGAAGCGGGAUUCAAGAUCAAGAUCACCACUAAAACUUUCUCCACCACCAAAAAGGCAACUCGGUUCUUUUACAGCACCACCUACUCUUCUACCGUCCUCUACCACCACCUCCUCCAAAAAGGUGAGAUGGGAAGAAAAUAGUGAUACUAGCAUUGAUGAUCACAAUAGUACAAUGAUCAUGGACGAUAGCAUACAACCUGGAAGCGAAUUAGAUUUAUCAUUCAAUCCUACAAUUGAAUCACCUCCAAUCACUAAAAAUAGGAGCCAAUUCAAUACCGGAUCGAUAUUGUCUGAAUUAAAACAGCAACCAAACAUCGCAAGGCCCCCAACCCACAUACCUAUCAAAAGUUUUAUAAGCCAGCAAGAAAAUGGAAAUGACAACAAAAAGGGCCCACUACUUAACAAAGAGGGAGCAAAAUCCAGUAAAUUAGCAGAAGAUACCCCAUUCAAGUUGAAAAUGGCAUCUCUCGGAGCUCCGUCAAGGCUUAUCAAUAAUAGUUUUCCUAUAGGUGAAACCUUGACCACUUCAAAUUCCACUAGCAGCGGAUCUGACAAAAUAGACUAG